UGAAUACCUUCUAUGUAUUGAUCCUGUAGGAGGUAACUGGAGAACAAGCCGAUGAUGAAACCAAGAAAACACAGAAAGCUUUAGAAGAGAUGAAAGAGAAAGUCAACUCAUUAGAAUCAGAUUUAGCUGUGUCUGAAGCAGAGAAUGAAGACAUGGUCAGGCAGUUGGAAGAAAGCAAAGGACUGUAUCUAAUAUUAGAGAAGAAAUACCACAUUGCAAAAAAUAAAGUGAAGGAACUUGAAGACAGAGAGCAAGCAAAUUCUGUGACUGCUGAGAGAUCUGCAAUUGAAAUAAAGUUACUACAAGAUAAGGUCAAAGAACUGGAGACCCAGUUGAAAAUGGUUCAACAGCAAAAGUCAGAAAAGGAAAGAGAAGUGAAAAAAGAGGAAGCAAUAUCAACUCCAGUGCAAAUUGAAGAACAGAAUUCUAUGCCUGAUGGCAAAUGGAGAGAGGAAGUUCAGGAGGAAAUUGUAGAAAAUGGACUGGCUUUUGAAGUAGAGCAGGCUUUGUCAAACUUCCAACUUAGUUGGGAUUCAGCUGGAAAAAAAGAUGUCACAGAGCCCGAUUUGGAGAGCUCAUCAAAAGAUGAUGUGGAUCUAAACAGCAUCCCAGCCACAAAAACACUUAGUAAUGAACAUCUUUUGGAGAAAAAAAGACUCGCUGAAGCGCAGCAGAAGAAAUAUAAACCAACUCGUGCAAGCUGGGGAAAGUCGCUGGAUGAUGAUGCUUAUGACAUGUUUGGAGGUAAUGAAGUGUCUGACGUGGAGGACGCUGCUUCUCAGAGUACCUCCAUGGAAAACGAGUCCCCUAGGGCUCCCCCUAAGGGACCAGGAUUCGUCCUUCCAGGUUUGCCUGUCGGAGGAUUCAAACUGAGAUCCACAGGGAAAAACUUGUACGAUGAAUCAGCUGCUAAGGGAAGUGAGUCACCUCCCCAAGAGACGCGAGCCAGCUUCCCUUUGUCGCACAAGGAGGAGACGCGGAACAUCGUGGUGGAGAAUCUCCUGGAGAAGCAGCUGUCUAAGGCUGAUGUGAAGGUGACAUCUUUGCCGACUACUGCGCUUGACCGAGCGGACAGAGAGGCGCGUCGUGCGGUGGAUGAUCAGGAGUCGGAGUGUUUUUCAGGGUCCACUAAUUCUUUGGAUGAGAUUGAAGAAGCUGCGAGAAGGAUUGACUCCGACUUGGCCUCUUCCCAGGCCUCCUCUCGAGGUUCGUCUCCAUUCCUCCCUCCUGCCAUGCCCUUGUUACAAGUGAAGAGUGUUCCCGUGAUGGAAAGCUAUAAUGAAGCCGCCAUUGAUGUUCCCCCGGAACUGCUUGCAGCCAGCGGUCAGCGAGACUUCGAUCAACGAUCUGUAGGCACAGGGUCAAACGUUGACGGGCAUUCUUCUCUUAGUCCAGGGUCAGACUUAAAUUCAUCGGGAAAUUCACAGCUGAUUUCAGACUGGGACACAGAUCAGGUGUAUGCGUGGUUAAUCCAAAAUGAGUUGGACGAGUAUGCCGAUGAGUUCACUGCUAAAAAGAUUGAUGGAAAACAACUAUUAAACUUAGAUGGAUCCAGACUCAAGGCAAUGGGAGUGAGUCAGAACCACAGAGCUGUCAUCAAAAAGAGGAUCAAAGAGCUUAAGGCUGAGAUGGAACGAGAACAGAAAGCGAGAAAACAGAGAGAAAAAGAACAGAGAACUGGCAAAAAGGAAGGAAAGUUGGAAAAAAUGGGAUUCAUGAAAAAGAAAGGAGUUUAUAAUAUCAACUAAUUUCUGCAACGCGGCGUGAGAUGCUGCCUGGCAGGUUUUUCGGCUUUUAAAAGGCAAACACUCCUGAAGAAGUAGAGACCGCUAGCCUAACAACCGUCGUUUGCUCGUAAAAACUUCGGAAAUAUUCGGCAUCGUCGGGCUUUGUGCGCAAUUGGAACGCGCUUGUGGUACUUCACGUUCGUCGUUUACAGUGUAUUAUAGGUAAUUUUGUAAAAAAAAAGAACAAAAAGUAUAAAAGAGAUAAAAGCGAUUAAAAAGAAUACAGCAAUGAAAUAUUAACAUGAAUUACAACUUGAAUUAGCAAAUCGUCCUUUGAAAAUUGUGCAAAUCUGAAAAGUUAAUUUAAUUCAACGUUUCAAAACGAAUUGAAAUUCAAUUGUAAAAGAGAUUUUUUUUACAAUGAGUUAUCCACCGUGCCACGCCCUAAAAAAUGUUCAAUUUUUGUGCCAGUUAAUCACAGACGUUCUAAUUUCUACCUGAUAAAAUAUUGUAUCAGUGUCAGUAUCUUAGCUGCUACACACCUACCCCUCCCUUAAUCCAGUGUUAACCUUAACUUGUUAUCAGUUGACUGUGGUUAGUUUAGGGGAAGGGUAGGUGCGUAUUUGUGCAGAAACUGACAUUGAUCCAAAAUAUUUGUAGUACCUCUGUUACUUUCAAGAACAAGUGAAAUUCGUUGAUUUAAGAGAUAAAGGAAAAACAAAUUCUUGUGUAUUUUCUAACUGAUAAAUUCCUACCAUCAGAAUUAUACUUUGUUAAUAUUUCCUGCAUUUUUAUUCCAAUUUACAGUCAGUGGUUUUUUUUUUUACAACAUCGCAAAAUGUUAAUUUUUUUUUUGUCGAAUUGGUGAAAUGAUCAAACAGGCUUAUACUGAGAUGUGAAUUAGUGUUGAGCAGUAAUCAUUGGUGUAAAUUAAAUGGGUUAAUGGAUUUAAAUUUGUGACCUAGAAUGUUAUUUGACGUACUUUCUACGUGGUAAACUAUAGAGCUGAAAUUAUUUGAUAAAUAAAUAAAGCUGAAGAUUUUUUUUUAAA